ACAAGCCCCCAAACCUCCUCUCCGCUGGACUCCAAGACAAAUGUUUGUGGUGCACUCUCUACCUCUGUCAUUGGUUGCAGUCCUUGGUCACCUGAUAGAUUCUAACCAACGAGGAGCAGCUCAAUGAGUACUUCCGCUUUCGCGCAGUUGAACGGAUCAUUGUGCCCGCCUCCUACAGGCUCUGAUUGGUCACCCUCUUUCAACUCCCUAGCUGAUUGGCCUGCACCGCGCGGCCGCAGCAGAGGAGGGAUCCGAGGGCAGUGUCAGCCAGGCCGCCAUGGCCUCCUAUUUUGAUGAGCACGACUGUGAGCCAUUGGACACAGAACCGCAGGCCCGAGCCAACAUGCUGCUAGAACUCGCAAGGUCGCUUUUCAAUAGGAUGGACUUUGAAGACUUGGGGUUAGUAGUAGAUUGGGACCACCACCUGCCACCACCUGCUGCCAAGGAUGUGGUCGAGAACCUCCCCAGGACAAUCAUCAGAGGCGCCCGGGCUGAGCUCAAGUGCCCCGUGUGUCUUUUGGAAUUUGAGGAGGAGGAGACAGCCAUUGAGAUGCCAUGCCACCACCUCUUUCACUCCAACUGCAUUCUGCCCUGGCUGAACAAGGUACCACUGCCCCCAGCCCAUAUCUCGGCCCUGCAGUUAAUAGUUCAUCUUGAAAUCCCAAGAGCUUUCUACCUUUUAAGGCUCCUCUUUACACCCCCUCUGAGAUGGGGAAGGAAGUGUGGAUGAGAUGAUCAGACCAGGCCAGUCUUUUAGGGCAAUUUGGUUGGCACCCACCAUCCUCUGAGGGAGAAAGACUGGGUUUUCUACUCCAGUUAACAGUUAGUCUUGGAAACUCACAGGGGUAGUUCGACCCUGACCCGUGGGGUUGCUGUGAGUGGCAGUGGGCCAUCACAAAGACCAGGGGCACCCAGGGCACUCCUCUGGUAAGGGGCUUCCUCCUACCCUUUGGCUCCUCCUGGAUCAGGCCUCCCUGGCUCUCCAGAACAGACUACAAACAUGCAAAUUAGAAUUCUUUUAAUAGAUAUAAAAAAAAAGUACUAAAAUA